AUGGUUAGGACAAUCAAGCUCAAUGACGGAAAAGAGAUCCCGAGCGUCGCUUGGGGCACAGCUUCAGGUGGAAUGUUUGGACCCAAUCCGAUUGUGGUCGACCGAGGCGCAUAUGCUUUGAAACAGGGCAUACCGCAUCUUGAUACUGCUCAAGUGUAUCGUAACGAGGUUCAAACCGGAGAAGCGUUUAAAAAAUCUGGUUUGAAGCGAGAGGACGUGUUCAUCACCAGCAAGAUCGGAAUGGAUCAACGGAUGAAGACUACCCACGAGCAUGUCAAGAAACAAGUUCAAGAUGCUGUCGAAAGACUCGGCUUGAUUCCAGAUGCUUACCUGAUUCACAAUCCGUUCAUCCCCGAAGAGGGCAAGAUUGUCAAAUUCUGGUCCAUCCUGGAGUCAUUGGUCGAAGAUGGCACGCUGAAGGGUUGCUCAUUGGGUGUCUCCAAUUUCCGAGAGGUUGACCUGGAAGAGCUCCUCAAACACUGCAAGAUCAAACCAACCAUGAAUCAGAUCGAGAUGCAUCCUUACGUCAUGUCGCAUCUCGAUGCCGUGUUCGCGAUCCACAAGGAACACAAUAUCAUCUCGGCAGCUUAUAGCCCACAAGCACCUCUCAAUCUCCAUCCGACGGGUGGACCCCUCAAGCCAGUCUUGGAGAAAAUCGCCGCCAAAUACUCGAAAGAGACUGGUAAAGAGAUUGACCCACAUACUGUUCUCUUACUCUGGAUCCGGGGAAAGAACGCCAUCGCAGUCACCUCGACAGCGACACCAGAAAGGAUUGACAAGCUGGCCGCCUUGGACAAGUUGCCAGAUCUCUUUAAAGAGGAUGUAGAUGAGAUUGAAAGAGUCGGAAGGACAAUCUACUGGCGUGCCAACAAGAGUCAUAUGACAAAGGACCGCCCUGUGCCCGACCUUCCCGAUGGAACCUCAAGCUGA